CAGACACAGCUCAAUAUUCACACACGUAUUGCCUAGAAACCCGUCUGCGCUGAGCUCCUGAGAGGUGUCAACGCCUUCAUAGCACGCACGCCAUUGCUAUCGACCUGUCGGACGCGGCAGCACGCAGACGUGACUCGUGCUGUCCGCAAGUUUCUCCCCUCCCCUCGGAUCUCCAACUCGUCAGUGCUGCAUAAACUGCUCGAGACCUCGUCCUUCCAGCACGCUUACAUCGUACCAAGUCGCUUCUUCUCCCUCAAAUCUCCCGCUUUCACACCCUGCGCUCGCCAUCCGCCACACGUCCACCUAUCUCCGCCCUCGAACUGCGGUGAGACGAGGUAGAAAGCUCAGGGUUUCUGCGGCUGCAUCUUGAGUGGUUGCGAUCAAGAAGGUAAGUCAAAGAGGACGUGCUGCCAGCCAGUCUUCGCUGCGCCGCAUACCGGUCAUCUUGAGGCCACCAACACGUCUGCGGAAGCUCGAUCGCAUUCUUUCGCUGAAGACAAGGAGGAGAGGUCCCAGCGAGUGGUGACCCUCCCUCAAGGUAGCCUCGCAAAAGAAAUUCUGGUCGGGCUUUGCGCUUGUACUCAGACUAUCCCACGUCGCCAACGCCUCGGUGCAUUAUCUUCAUUCGAAUGUCACCACCGCGUGCGCUAACAACAAGGCCCACAGCUAGCCAUUAAGAAUCAAAAUUACAAUUGCUUUCAUUGCCCCACACAACGCGAAGAGGCAGCAACCAUGCCUUGCUUCCACGGUCUCGCCGUGAGCAUACACACCACGGGCCCCGGUGGAGGACCGCUCGCCGAAUUUGGAAUACAGAAGCAGUCCAAGUUUCAUCGUAUAACUACCUAUGUGCCCGUUCCAACGCCGCGACUGCAACCGGGCACGAACAAACCAGAGCCCGCGACGUUUGCCAUCUCCAUAACUCUUCUCACCCCUGGUCUCCCGGUACCGUACUCACAACCUGCACCCACUCCCGAGGAUCCUCAUCCACGUCCUAAGAUCGUCGGCAGCCACGCCGACUCGAGUGGCUUUCGUAACAAACACUCCGGAGUCAUCGCGCCGUACACGCCUGUGUCUAAUUCACCAAACGAAACGGUUGCGGCAUAUAUCUAUUUCGACGGCAGACCCAAGGAGGAGGUCGCCACACUGCUGAGACGCGGCGAGGAAACAUGGGUCAACUCGAGAUGGGUGAGCGUGCCGGAAUCAGAGGGUGGCGGUUUAGCUGAGAAGGAGUUCAUCUUUCGUGAGGUGGGGCUGGAGCGAUGGUUGAAUGGACUCGAUCUGGAAGGCAAGGAUGCAAAGGCUGCAGCUGCAACGGUGGAAAAGCGACGUCAGCGAUUCGAGCGCAAGAGGCGGAUAAAGAAGGAGUUGCUUGACACUGAUGAUGAGGAUGAUAGCAUGCGCGAUCUCCAGAAGCGGAAAGCGCGGGAAAGAGAUCACAACGGUGUUCUACGCUACGGCGACGAUCGAAAUGCGCCGGUCCAAACGUUGACGGACGACGAAGAGGAUAGCGACCUAGAAGAUGAGUCUGAAGAUGACGAGCCGAUGCCAGAAGCCGCUGGCCAGAUAAAGGUAGCACUUUUUAGAGUGCUUGCUUCGGGUGAGGUCAAGCGCGGCGAAUAUUCGCCUCAGUUCGACGUGCAUGACGAUGAGGAUCAGAUGGGCAGUAAUGACGGAGCCGAGGAUAUCGACCACACAACUUCCUUCGCAAAACCAAAGACACUUGAUCCAAAGACUAUCAGCACGCAAACUGUCACUGGAAUAGACCCGCCAGACAAGCCCUAUGCAGUCUUCACUUUUCUGUAUAGGGGGCCGAAGCAACUGCAGAAGAUGGGCAUGAUGCCAGCGUCUCCGAAGCCGGAUAAGACUCCUGUUUCAGCGAAGCGGAAAUCCGGUGGCAUAGACUUUGGUAGCCUGGCUCCACUCAGUCAAGGGCAGGCGUCCCGUAAACCAGCAACGUCUCAGACCCAUCAAUCGACAAGGAGAGACAUGAAUGCCAUGGACAGCGAUGAUGAGGAUGAAGAUGAAGAUCGACGUCCUCGAAUCCAAGAUGACGAAGAUGAACAUGUCGUGUCCAGGACGUUCUUGACAGCGGAGGAAGUGCUCGAGGAAUCGAAGCUGUCGGAUGAGCUUCGAAAGACCAAGCUAAAACGUGCACACUCUGCUGAGCCACUUAACGCUCCCUCACCUCUUGAGCAGGACAAGAAUAGUCCCGCAGCAACGGGCACGCCAAACAGCGUAGAGGCUCCUUUGAAUAUUAUGGCCAGUCAACCUAAUGGCAGCACGACAAAGUCGGCGGAUGGCUCCUUGAUGCCACCUCCCUCAAGCCUCCCUUCUGCCAUGCCGGAUCUCGGUGCAGAAGGCUCAGUAGGAUCACCUUUCAAAAAACAGCGAUCCAGUUUACCAGGAUUUGAUAGUGAUGUCCGGAAAAAACUUGGAUUAGAGAGCGCGAACAACGGCCAGCCGCGACGGGACAGCGAGAGCGCGAUUACCUCGACGACAUCUGCGCUGACGAAUAGCCUGGGAGCAACGCCGGCUAUUUCGACUGAGGCAGGCAAGUUCGAGCCUGGACCUGCGCUUGCAAGACCAACCGAGGAGAUGGAAGAUGAGGAACUAUGAUGGUUCCUAAACCCGUCAUAAUCGGCCCCAUCUUUCGCUCUCUGCAGCCAUUGGAUAGUUGAUGAGUCCUGAAGCUGAUCACAUUGAAAUGCUACAACUAGUAAUCACGAGCACCAACCACCUAAAUGAACGAUCGCUACCAUACGAACGACUAGCUCCUCUUGUCUUCAUUGAACCUUUUCACAAGCGUUGGCGUGUCAGGGCAUCAGCUAUACUUUUGCGGCGGGCUUUUGAAAACUCUUCACUCCUCAAAGGGACAUGCUACUCGCUGGCUGAAACACACUGACUGAUUGACAGGAUGGUUAAAGAAAGUUGAUACAGCUUGGGGCAAUUUUUUCCACUACGAUCUCGCUUACUGUUUGAUGAGUGAACCGGGUAAUGGGCAGCUUUGCUCGUGCCCGGCGUCUUGACUGGGCGAGCCCAAGGCUUCGCUUUCUCCACAUCCCCUUUUUUGUCGAUAAUUUAGACUCAGAAGUAUGUGCAUUCCACGAUGCACAUACAGGUACACACACAAGGCACACACACAACGGCGCUGUAGGACGCUGAUUGUUGUAUUGAGAUGUUGAAGGGGUCUGGAGUGGACAUUGCAGAGACGGCCUCAUUAGUUGUGUGGAAGCUUGUUUGUGUCGUAAAUUCAAGGUGCACAUUGACGCCGUAAAACCAGCAAAUGACUUUGUGGAA